AUGUUUCCGGAAGAAGGCGUAAAGUCGGACGAGAAUGCUUCUGAUUUGGAAAAUAUUGUGGAAUCAAAAAAGUCAUUCUGCUCGGCUGUAUUGGUUUCGAGUCCGAGAACAUCUCGAGUUAGCAGUCCAACCCGAAACUUAAGCAUUACCGGCGAUCGUGUUUUUACCAAUAGCAAUCAUGCAAAGAAAUCAAUCGAUAUGAGGCCCUUAUCAGUUCCACCACGAAAUAUUAAACGAAAUAGUUCAAAACAAUCAUAUUGUUAUGUGGCACUCGGGAUUGCAACGAUAGUUGUAUGUGGCAUAGCAUUCACAAUGUGGCUCACGUACGAUUCGCUUGAGAAGUUUAUUUCAUCAAUGCUGAAUUAA